AUGGAGGAGUUUCCAACAUUCUGUGAGUUGAACCGCCUCCUUGCCUCCUGUGACUUCGAGGCUUUGCUUGGUCACAUAAUGACUGUGUCGGUGUAUCAGGGUGGCACGAAUCGCAGUCAAAUGGUGAAUGGGACAGCACACAUACGACCUCCUCGUGCCUACCGCGGUCAAAGCAAACCCGCAAUAGGCGUGGAAAUGAUCGACUCAGGCUGUUCAUCAUCUAAGUACAUAAAGUCUGCAAUCUGUUCUACAAACUGUGAUAGUUCCCACUAG